AUGAACGACCCCGGACUUGACGAACCUAUCGCGGAUCAUGCAGAAGGAGUAGAAAAUGAAAAGCGCGACGAGAAGGAUGCUGCAGAGGAAGAUGAGCAAGCCUUUCUUGAGCCAGCAUUAUGGUGGUUUGCAAGCACUGCAUUUCCACUUGCUGCUGGAACUUUUGGUCCCAUGGCAUCUGCUUUUUCAAUCUGUGCCCUUGCGGUACACUGGAGAGAAGAAAUACCUCCAGGAAAAGCGGAAGCGGAUGGGGUUGAUUUACCUGACCCCAAAUGUUAA